CUGCUGCACAUGAUUUGCUUUCCAAGGGGAAGUAGCUCCCAAAUGUGGUUGGAGAGCUCAGAUCUGUCACCCACUGUCUGGGUGAGCUUGGGAACCAAGAGUUGCUGCAAGGAAUGGAGUGGAAGAUGCUGUUGGUGCUCCCUGCUGGCCUCAGUGACUCCUCUCCCCCCGAGGACACAGGCAGAGGCAGGAAGGAUCACCACCACUUCUGGUACAGCACAAAUCCACCCAGGGCAGCUCUGCUGGAGUUCUGCCCAUCCCCAGGACUUUUCCUCCGUGCCCCAGCAGUGUGUGCAUGCCCUGGGCACAGGGACCAGCUGCCCUGGGAGAGCUCUGGAGCGUGCUGUGCUCCAGGGGAGGGAGCAGCUGCUCUUGGCUCAGCCAGCCUGGCCAUCAGAGCCUGCUGUGUGCAGCCACAGCACCCUGGGCACCUGCCCUGUUAAACCAGUGCCUCACACUGGGUGCAGCAGCUGGGACUCCAGGAGGGAAGAGCUGGGGGUUUCAGCAAAGAAAAUUCCCAAACCAGACAGCCCUGUGGCAAUAAACACUGAACACUGCAUUUUCACUGAAGUUUAUGAAUAAAAGCACAUAUUCCUAGCACGGGGAGUGUAUGCAGAGUGGAGCCACUUGUAAAUUACUUCUGCUGUGGGAGUUUUGGGAUCUGGUAAACUCGGUGUUAAGGUUGUCUUGAAGAUAGAGCAGCCCAAAAAGUGUGUCCCCAUCUCCAAAUGCACCACAGAUUCACUCUUCUCCCCCAAACAAAUGUUUAACCGGAUGCUGUAGGUCAAUAUUUGCCUGCCAAAUUCCCAAACAGGGGGUGGUGCUGAAGGUCGCUGCUGGGAGGGGGGGCUGGACUAGAGCUGUGUGUGCCCCAGGCAGAGCUGCUGGACAGGCUGAAGCAGGUGCCAGCUCCAACGUGGACAUGAACAACCUCAGACCUGAACAGGCUGAGCUCGCAGCUGGAAAUAACUCCUCUCUCGGCUGGUCCUUGUGUUCCAGGAAAAUGGGGUUCCUCUGGGGGCUGCUCUGCCUGGCUGCUCUGCACAGCCUCCCAAGGCUGGCACAUGCCACUGACCAGCAGCGUCUCUUCCUGGACAAAGAUGGGAAGCUGAGGGACUUGAAAAUUGCUGGAAUUGCACAGUCGGAUUUGCCUGGAGCCAUCCCAGCCCUGCCAGAGGGAAAGAUGGUAGAAUUUAGUUAUGACAGCUUCCAGGAGAAGGAUGGACCCAUGUCAGCAUUCCCCACCACCCUGUCAGACACGAGGGAUGACUGGAACUCAGAAGAUGAAGCUGUAGCUGGGGCUGGGGGCUGUCCUGGGAAGAACUCACCUGGGGAAAACGCCUCUUCUGAAGAGGAAGGAGAGGCUGGAGAUAAAAGCUGUGAGAUGACUUGGAAGAAGAGCCAGAGGCUGGCAGAUGGCUUGAUGAGAUUCAGCAUUGAUCUCCUGAGAGAGGUGCAGCUGGAGUCCAACAGAACCAACGUGAUCCUGUCCCCCCUCAGCAUCGCCCUCGCCUUGUCUCACCUGGCUCUGGGAGCAGCAAAUCAGACAGAGAAGCAUUUGCUGGAGGUGAUGCACCUGGAGUCAGUGCCCUGCCUCCACCACAUGCUGGGCACCCUUUGCAGGAGGCUCACAGAGUCCACCCUCAGCCUUGGCUCACGUCUGUACCUGCAGAAAGGGUUUGAGGUGAAAGAUAAGUUCCUGGAGGAUUCAGAGAAAUUCUAUGGAGCAAAGCCCAAGACCCUUUCUGGGAUCAGUCAGGACGACCUCAUGGCCAUAAACAACUGGGUAAAGGAUGUCACUCAUGGGCAAAUUCCCUCCUUCCUCCAGCAGCUCCCUCAAGACACAGUGAUGCUCCUGCUCAAUGCCAUCUAUUUCCACGGGUUUUGGAGGAAUAAGUUUAAUGCAAGCUUCACUGGGCCAGAUGUGUUCCACCUUGACAAUGAGUUUGUGGUCCCAGUUGAGAUGAUGAAAGCCCACCAGUACCCCCUGAGCUGGUUUACUCUGGAGUCCCAGGAUAUUCAGGUGGCCAAGUUUCCCUUUAAGAGUAAUGUGAGUUUUGUGGUCAUUGUACCAAACCACAACACCCGGAACACCUCUCACGUGCUGGAGAACUUCCCUUACAAACAACUGUGCAGGCUUUUCCCCAGAGAGGUGCCCACCACAGUGAAGAUCCCCAAAAUAAAGUUGGACUACCAGCUGGAACUCAACCAGGUUCUCAGCCAAAUGGGCCUCCAGGAGCUGUUCACGAGCCCAAAUCUCCAGAAGAUCACAGAGAAGCCUCUCUUUGUGUCCAGUGUACAGCACCAGGCCACCCUGGAGCUUAAAGAAGAUGGGGUGGAAGCAUCUGCUGCCACCAGUGUCGUGCUGUCACGCUCAGUCUCUGCCUUCAGCAUCGACAGGCCCUUCCUCUUCAUCAUCUUCGAGGAUGAAACAGGGAUCCCACUUUUUAUUGGCAGUGUCCAGAACCCCAACCCAGAUGCUGCUCCCCAGAUCCGAGAGCCACAGGACUCACGUGAAGCCACAGAGGCCAACAAGCACCGCGUGCCCAAAUAGCCGAGGGCAGAGCUGAGUGUUCUGGGACUCCUGCCUGACCCUCUGGACCAGCUGGGAGAGGCCUCCUGCCCCUCUGAGGCCACAGGGGGCAAUUCCUUGCUGUUUUCUUUUCCAGAUCCCUAGAGACCAGUCCUGGGAUAGCCCAUUCCAGCCCUGAUGAGCUUCUCCAGGUUGAGGCUCCCCUCUGUUGAACCUGAAAAGCUUGUUCUGCCUGGAUUUCCCUUCCAGGGCUCUCAGUCAUGGACGGGAGACUUUUUUGUCCCCAGACUGCUAUUAGAGUCUUCAUUAAGAUCUUAUUAGAGUCCCCUGUAGCCUGGAAUCAUCAUUAGCAUCUGGCAGCUUGGACAUCAGCCAGGGCUGUAUUAAUGUGGCUCUUCCUUCCGCAGUUCCUGGGAACACGAAUCCCUCCGUGUUCCUCUGAAAACCAUCUGCGCCCACCUAGACAACGACCUCCAGAGCAACUGGACUAGAAACCAGUUGUCUUCUCUAGGAUGAGUCACAGCCACUUCCAGGCAUGGGUUCUUUUCAAAGAUUCCCUUUUCCCACUCCUUGGCUAUUUGGAUCUGAUGUAGGAGGCUCUGCUGUAGGAAACCCCUCCCUUUGGAUCCUUCUCUCCAGCCCUUCUUCUAGAGGCUGGGUAAUGUUAGAUUUUGCAAGGCAUAUUUUAUAAAGUGUUUUUUAGUAAUUUUUAUGUUGGCAGAAUAAUAAAGAAUAAAGCAGAAUAUAUUUGCUGAAGGUGUUGCAUUGAAGGACCCAACAGACAAAGGGAAAAGGGACAGAAGUUUAGUAAUUGCAAAGAUUGGGAGGAAAAAAGUCUGGGCAUGACAGAAGAAAAGAAGGGAGGGGUUGUGGCAAAGGAUCUGUUUUUUGUCACACCUUGUCACAGGGAACAGCAGGGGCUGGGAGGUGAAAUGGCAAAUCUGUAAAGACUCUCCAAGGGCCAAGUCCAACAAGUUUUGGGCAUCUCCCCUGGCAAGUGUUUAGGGGAUGGAUGCUCUCUGGGUCAGAGCUGGCUUUGUGAGAUGGCAGAAUUCCCUGAAUUAGGGCAUGAGCUCAGUGGCACAGGGUCAGGAGGGUGUUUGGCCUGUGAGCAGCAGUGCAGGGAUAAGCAAAGAUGUAACAGCCCUUAACCUUUCUCUCGGGUAAAACGUGACAACUGCUGGGAUCUGCUCAGAGGGUCAAAGGUGCUGAUCUGGCAUCUGUUACCUCUGAUUUGUUCUUCACUGGGGUACUCCUGGCUCCACAGUAUCCAUGCUGUGGAUGGCUGGGACAGCUUCCAGGGAAAGGAGGAAAGAUUUUGACACCUGUAGCUGAAUGUCACUGCUUUUGUUUUGGCAAAAGACAAUGUCCUGUUGUAGCUCCCCUUUGGUCUGAGGUGGGCAGAGCCCAUCACACCCCCUGAGGUGGGUCCUUGUUGCAGUGCAGCAGUGCCCUAAAUGCCCAUGAGGCCCUGGCAGAUUGUCCAGAGAAGCUGCCCCAUCCCUGGAAAUGUCCAAGGACAGCUUGGACGAGGCUUGGAGCAACCUGGGAUAAUGGAAGGUGUCCCUCCCCAUAGCAGGGGGGGCUGAAACAAGGUGAUCUUUAAGAUUCCUUCCAAACUAAACCAUUUUAUGAUUCUAUCAACAAAUUUUGGGGUUCCUCCACCCAACCAAGCCAUCCUAUCACUUAAAAAUUAUGGGCCUAACUCAGCGGUACUUCUGUACAAAACAACUCCUGUCCACAGUAAUUUCUGCUUCCAAACCCCCUCAGCUGCUGGGUGGAAAGGAUGGUGCUCUGUUCCUGCAGAGCAGCAUUUAGAGAGCCCAAGGGCCAUCCUUCUGGCAGUGUUUUCCUCUCUUGGGAAGGCUGCCUUCCCUCAAAGGAAGGAGCAGAAUGCUUCUGGGAGCCUCCGUCCCUGAAUAGUCUGCACCAUCUGCUGGCAUAAGAGCAGGACUGACUCACUAACCAUGAAUUUUGGGGAUGCAGGCGACUUUGGGGAAUAAAAAGUCCUGGCUCCAGCCUCCAAUUAUGCAUUUCUUCCAGUCUAAAAGGGGAAGAAUGGCCCGAGAUAAUGCCUACCCCUCUAACCAAUGUAAUGACACAAACCCUUCAGAAAGAGGCUGUAAUUACAGAGCCCUGCAAUUUUAACAAGUAAACCCACAAGAAUUCAGCCUUUCUUACGAGAGGGCACAGCUCUAGCCCACAGGGAACAUUUUAGCUUAUUUAUUUAUACAGAUUCAUUCCUAGCAUUCAGAAAUACCAUUCCAUGCCUUAGGUAAGUCUUCUUUGGCUACUGUAACCUCCCUGAAUGCCACCCUGUUGCACUGCAACCGCUGCAAAAUUUGAAGCUCAAGUUUUCCUUUUCACGCCUCUGCCCUCCAGCUCCCGCUUUUAUAAAGUUUUUUCCCUUGUUCUCAGUUUCCUGAACAGCUUGGUUCUUAUUUCCUAUUUUCUGUCUUGCUGCCAUCACUCCUCCUCCAAGCUAUUCUUGUCAAACUAUUAAUUUCAUCUUAUUUGACAGUACAGCAGCCCUCCAUGACUGUGCUUCGCUCAACAAAUUAUCAGUUACACCAACCAUAAGACUCUUUUUCACUCCACUGACUUUCCAGAAGAGGCAGUUUGUAAAAUGCAAAGUAAUAUUAAUGUUUCUGCUCAGGAGUUUCCACUUUGCAUUGCUAAAGCUUUCAUUUUGACGGAGCUGUAUUCUGAAAAGACAUGACUAGCACAGGGUGUCUGCUCUAUCCAUCUGCACCACUGGCUCAGAAUAUCAAAUAAGUCCCACUUUCUUUCAUAUUAGAUGUAUUUUUUUCCUUACCUAGAGCAAAUUCAUAUCACCAGUAAUUCCACAGUAGAGGUGAACCCUGUCAGAGAGCAAACUGAGACCAAACCAGAACAACAGCAAAAUGUUUGUAUUGAUUUAAUAAAACUGGUUUUGUUAGAUGAGUUUAAUGCACCAUUUCAGGAAUACCCUUCACCUACAGGAAUAAAGUUGGCUUUGGUCUGUAAUAACAUUCUAUGAAACUACCACUCUGAUUUAAAUGGUUUUAAAACCAAACCUGUAUUUAAACAGACGGAUUUUCAUUUGAAGAUAGAGACAAGACAUAAAAACUUCUCUAGUAGUCCUUCCAUAAAGGGCAUUUUAACAGCACAAACAAGGUAUCACAAAGAGAUGAAAACCACCAGAAAACAUCUCCACAGCCAACACCCCCAUUCCUGGGCUAAGAAUGGAAGAAUAACAAGUACAAUCUUUUCUCUGCAGAUGAUUUUGCACAGAGCAAGCUGAGAAGCAGCUGAAAGCAGAGCUGCUACCCCUCUGGUUAGGAGGGCUGGCCUUUGAAGCACUGACUAAUCACAGGGCACACCUGAUUUGCUUUCCUGGCUUGCAAAACCAGCAGCUAAUGCACCUCUGAGCCCAUCCUUCCCCCUUUGCUGAGGGGCUGGAUGAGCCCAGUGCUCACUGGGAGGAGCCCCUCGUUACCUGCUGGCAGGGAGCCCAAAGAGAUGUCCCAGACUGGGGGCCCUGACACCACUGCCUUUGCAGCGUUUCCAAACAGAAAACCAGCUGGAUCUGGUUAGCUACGUGUCCAGUUAGCCCAGUGUCCUGCUCCUUCCAGUAACCAUGGCUGAGGAAAAAAAAGAAUGGCAAGGGUCAAGGAAAACCCACUGUUCCCUGGCUGUGUUGCCCAGCUGGCCAUUGGUAGCCUUCAGGGGACCUUUGUUCCACUAAUUUGGUUUGGGUUGGGUUUUUUACCUCAAAUCUAUUUUUAUCGUUCAUCUUCUGCAAUAUCUAGUUAUAAUGAGUUUUACAAUUUAAUACUUGUUUAAAAAUAUAUUCACUUGAUUUAAAUGUGCACGGGUGGGUGCUCCCCUUGAGCCUUCUGUGGAAAGUAAUAAUGGAACCCCUCUUCUUUCUCCAUAUCAUUUAUCAUUUGGAGACCUUCUACAAGAUUCUCUUAAUUCAUCUUCUUUUUUAACAAGUCCUUGGCUUUCCAGCCUUUCUUUUCAGCCAAAAAACUUUAAGUCAGUUAAUGAUUUCUUGUUAACUAGUAACUAUCACUGGAUACAAGCAGUUCCCAGCAUCUUAACUGCCUCAAACAACAGAAUUCUGUUUCCACAGUCUCUCCAUUAAAUCUUGGACAUAAAUCUAUAAAUCCAUUAAACA